ACAUAUUACAACACUGAAGCAGAGCAGCUCUGUUUACCCAUAGCCUGUCAGAAAGAAAUGAAACUGAGAAAAUGCCUGUCUGCAAGAUUAUGUACACAUUUUUUUCUCUUGACAGGUACAAAGAAUGGUCUAGCUCCUUAUUUCAAUCGGACAACUGUUUUAUCUAGUAUGUGUUGUUAUGUAUUAGAUGGCUAAGACUCACAAAUUCAGGUCUGUACUACAUAGGGAAUAUCAUGAAUGGUAUUAUUCCUUUUCCUCCGUGGUAAGAACACUAAACUACCUUUUUUGUGCUUCAGCCUUAUUUGGGACAUUUCUUUCAUGUCUCCAAGUCUCAAUCUUUUCUUCCUUAACACGAUAACCAAUGUCAUAAAGAAGAGCAGGAAAGAUCAUCCCCUAUGUUUGUAAUAUGCUAAAUAUACAACAUCAGACUAUACCUGCUACUGCAUCUUCUGUGCAACCACUGAUCACUUCCAUGUGCCAGACUUCCACUACACUCAGAAGAUCCUUGGUAAAGCUAAACGGGAGCAAAUCCCCAAAGGCCUUAAAAGUCUUUGUACACAGCAAAAAACUCUCUAUUAGUAUCAGCCAAAGAGAAAAGUAUCCAAGUUUCGCAACAAGGUCUCAACCCACAGAAAACUUAGUUUUCAACUUGCUAGCUCCCAUUCUGCAAACUAAGUUUGUAGGCCUCACCGUCAGCCAUUCCUGAGAAUAUUUAAUGGUCUUUUCAGGUAUUCAUUCAGACUUAUGUGUUGUUCUUCCAUACAGCUUUUCUUUUUUAGAAUGACUGUUUUACAAAAAUAUGGUCUUUUCAUAAGAAAAGACUGAUUGACAAGUCCUAUAGACUUAAUAUUAGGAGUGCAUACACACUUUCUUUAAAUCAAGUAAUUGAUAUGUCAGUUUGUUUAACCAGCAAAAUGAGGGAAAUGUGGACAUUUUCAUGAAAACUCACUGUUUGCUUUUCCUUUAAAGUUUAAUACUAUGUCAACAAAUAUGUGUAGAUAAACUUGCUUGUCGCAAAUCUGCUUCAAAGUAAGAGUAACUUGCAAAAGCUGCUUCUCUUCCAUUUCCCAUAAACUCUUCUUAUUAUAACGGUAAUGCUGGAGGAAAGGAUAUAUGUGUGUAUAUGUACAUGUAUGUGUGUGUUUAAAAAAAAAAAAAAAGAAGAGAUUAAAUAUUGGCAAAGAAAAUACGCAAAAAAAAAAAUAUCCAAGAGAGAGCAAGUGGCAUGUUUUUUCCAAAAUGUUUGCUCUUUAGCUUUACUAAAACCAAGCCACUGCAUUUGUUAAGAAAGGUUAUAUACAAAGCUAAAUGUGAAACAAAUAUGAAAUUUUUCUCUCAUCUCACCUUAAUCUUCUAUCUUUUCAGUGAAGAAAGCAUUGAGUACUGGUUUGAACUCCACAGGUACCUUGAUGUGGAUAUCUGUAUUUAUUUCCUUUUUUCCCCCCAUCUAUUUUGAUAUUUAAUUCCCGCGGCAUCUUAUUUGUUUGCAUAAGCCUCCUGUUUUGUAUGCAUUAAGUAAACAAACUUCAAACAAUUCCAAAUUAAUCAUCUUUAUUUAGCUGGGGAGACUGGUUCUAUGUUGCUGCGUGUCUUUCUGAGGCAUAAUCCAAACCACACUUCACCCUUAAUUAAGAUUUUGUGAGAUUAAAAGUCAUAAUACUUAGCAUUUGUAUUUUGUUUUCUGUAUUUAAAGUGAGUUUAAACACAAACUACAAGGUCAAUUCCACUCUGACGCAUGCACACACACAGAAUCGUGCUGUAUAUAAAGUUUACGCAUAGUUCAGUGAUUUACACACAAGCGAAUGGUCUAGAAUUAGUUGAGUACAAGGUCAGUAGUGUCUAUUGCUUUGCUAAUUAAGUUACAUAGGCACCUAAAGCUUUCAUGAUACAUAUAUCAGCCAUGUCAGCUGGCCGACUUGGUACCUACCGCCUGCUUAUGUUUACAUCAGAUUCAUAAAUGUUUCCAUGUUCUCGACAACAUCUGUUGAGUAAGUAUGCUCAGAGUACUUCUACAUAGCCAAAGCAUUUAACUUCAGCACAGAACAUGGGGGCCACAAUGACUUUUAUUCUAAAAGAUCAGGAAAAAGAAACAGAGUGCUUAUUUUUUAUCAAACUGACUAUUGGUGAAAAUACUUAUCACAGGAUUGGAAGACUUAAUUUUUUUCCCCUUCUACUAAAAUGUUCAAACUACUAUCUCCCAGAGUAUCCAAAUUAUGUAUCUAGAGAUGAGGCUUGGGUACAUUUUCUACCUGUGCCAGAAGAAAUAAGGUCAGAAAGACCUGUUUUAGGCUCAUGUAAUAAAAAUAUAAUUGAUACUACUGAAUAUAUUUUCAGUCAUGAAACAAAUUGAUCUACUGCAUGUACUCCAACUGUGAAGUAAUAUAACAAAACUAUUCUUGAGACUUGAAAUAACAAUUGGCCUUGUUAUAAGCAUCCAGCCUUGGGAUACUUACAGUAAGUACCUCAGGAACCUCUACAAAUGACUGGUCCACUGAUCCUUGUGCUGUCAUGUCUGAUGUAAGCAUCAGGGCACAGGCAAAGCACUGAGAGAGGAACAUAUAAGGAAAGAGGAACUACUUAACUGUUCAUUUACAUGACAGAGGAUUGAGAGGUAGAUACAGCAAGUACAGUCAGAAGGAAAAGGUUGCUAUUAUAUGUUAGAAAAACAGAGAAAUACUAAUAGAAACAUCAGGUUAAUGUUCACCGUAAUAUAGUAGAUGAAACAUAUUGUCUGUCUUGAUUCCCAAGUGGCAAUACACACCCAAAACGAUUUUAUACGUCAAACUUGCAAUUAGAUAGACAUGGAGUCUGUGCCAUUAGUCAGCCAACAUCUGGGUGGCAGGUGCUAAGAUGGUAGACAUAGUACAUGGUGAGAAGAGAUGGAAUAUAAGAUAGGUAAUAAUAAACUGGAGAUCUUUUUAUAUACUUUGUAAGUUAUGUCUGAAAACAUUUUGCUGCUUAAGCUAUCAUCAUAAGUUUAUAAUUCAGUAGCUUGAAUUAUAUGUAGCCUUUUUAUUUUUGUAUUUUCAGUCAUCAGUUUCUAAUGAAAAACAUGGAAAAUAGUGAAAUAUAACAUCUUCAGAAGAGGUGAACUUCUAAGGAUUGAGAGAAUAGUAGUGGAAAAGUGCUCGAAAGAUGGCUGCAUUAUACUUGAGAUAACUGAGAGCAGAACAAUAACACUAAGAAACGCAGCACUUCUCAGGUGGUAAGUGGUGAUUUCUAAAUUUUCCUGUGAAUAUAAAAUCAUGAUUAUGAGUGGAAGAGGCAAUAACGUGAUCACAGGAAGUUCAUGGGGAAAAAAACCAAACAAACCAGCCAGUGGCCUGGCAACAAACAAGAUGGAUUUGCCGUACCCAGGGCAAAUGUGGAUGCUGGGAAACAAGGAAGGACAAGGAAGAAGUUACGUUUUCUUGCUCAAGAACCUGUUUACUGCACAGAGAGACACAUAGGUCGUAGGUUGGUAGGCAUGACACCUUAUCAUGAUGAGCCGCUCUGUCUCAUGAUGGGCCACCUCAUCAGGUGCUGCUCUGGGAAUGUGAUCUACAAAUGAGUGUGCUGUCUCUGCCUGCCUACUUUAGCCCAUACAACGAUGGCUCUGUGUGCAGCGAUGGACGGGCUGAUGCUUAUGCCCAGCUGGAACUCCGAACUUUAGAGCAGUCUCUGUUGGCAACUUGCGUUGGAAGCAUCUCUGAACUAAGUGAUUUGGUAUCACGAGCAAUGCACCACAUGCAGUGCUUGAAUACCAUCCGCCCAGGCAUGAGCCCCAUUCGGCAAACCCGGCAGCAGCAGCCCAUCUCCUGGUCCCCUGAUGCUCUCCACACCCUCUACUACUUCCUACGCUGUCCUCAAAUGGAGUCCAUGGAGAACCCCAACCUUGAUCCUCCAAGAAUGACCCUGAACAAUGAACGACCCUUCAUGCUUUUGCCACCGCUGAUGGAGUGGAUGAGAGUGGCUAUCACCUAUGCUGAGCACCGGCGCAGUUUGACUGUGGACAGUGAUGACAUCAGGCAGACAGCCAGACUGCUCCUACCUGGACUGGACUGCGAGCCCCGGCAGCUAAAACCUGAAUGCUGCUUUAGUUCCUUCCGGAGACUGGAUGCUAAGGCUGCUACUGAAAAAUUCCAGCAGGAUCUGGGUUUCCGAAUGCUGAACUGCGGAAGGACAGAUCUGAUCAACCAAGCAAUUGAUGCACUGGGACCUGACGGGGUUAACACCAUGGACGAUCAGGGUAUGACCCCACUAAUGUACGCCUGUGCUGCUGGAGAUGAAGCCAUGGUCCAAAUGCUGAUAGAUGCUGGAGCAAAUUUAGAUAUACCAGUUCCCAGUACCUCUCCACGAUACCCUUCGGUCCAUCCCGACAGCCGGCACUGGACUGCUCUCACCUUUGCUGUGUUACAUGGGCACAUCUCUGUGGUUCAGCUGCUCUUGGAUGCUGGUGCCCACGUUGAGGGCUCUGCUGUUAACAGUGGAGAAGACAACUACGCCGAGACUCCUCUUCAGCUGGCUUCAGCAGCAGGGAACUAUGAGUUGGUCAGCUUAUUGCUAAGCAGGGGUGCUGAUCCUCUCCUGAGUAUGUUGGAAGUCAACGGUAUGUCGUCUUCGCUUCACGAAGACAUGAACUGCUUCAGUCACUCAGCUGCACAUGGGCACAGGAAUGUUCUGCGCAAGCUGCUGACCCAGCCGCAGCAACUGAAGGGAGACGUCCUCUCACUGGAGGAGAUUUUAGCCGAGGGAGUGGAGAGUGACACCUCCAGCCAGGGCAGCUCCAGCGAGGGGCAAGUCAGGCUGUGUAAAACAAGGACGAAGGCUCUGCAGGAGGCCAUGUAUUACAGUGCUGAGCACGGCUACGUGGACAUCACCAUGGAGCUCAGGGCACUUGGAGUCCCGUGGAAACUCCACGUGUGGAUCGAGUCACUGCGGACAACCUUCUACCAGUCUCGUUACUCAGUCGUACAGACCCUCUUACGGGAAUUUGUCACCAUUAAAGAGGAGGACUAUAAUGAAGAACUGGUUAACGAAGGGUUGCAGCUCAUGUUUGACAUCCUUAAAACCAGCAAAAACGACUCUAUCAAUCAGCAGCUUGCCUCCAUCUUCACCCACUGCUAUGGCAGCAGUCCCAUACCCAGCAUUCCCGAAAUCCGAAAGACACUGCCAGCUCGGCUCGAUCCUCACUUUCUAAACAAUAAAGAAAUGUCUGAUGUGACUUUCUUAGUAGAAGGAAAACUAUUUUAUGCACACAAAGUUCUGCUGGUUACUGCAUCUAACAGGUUUAAGACGCUAAUGACCAAUAAAACAGAGCACGACGGCCACGGCAGCAAGACUGUUGAAAUCAGCGAUAUGAAAUACAAUAUUUUCAAGAUGCUGAUGCAGUAUUUGUACUAUGGAGGAACAGAAUCUAUGGAAAUUCCCACCACUGACAUCCUAGAGCUCUUGUCGGCUGCCAGCCUGUUCCAACUGGAUGGCCUCCAGAGACACUGUGAAAUCCUCUGUGCCCAGACGAUCAACAUGGAGAACUCCGUUAACAUCUAUAAAUAUGCAAAGAUUCACAACGCGCCUGAACUAGCCUCUUUUUGCGAAGGCUUCUUCCUCAAACACAUGAGCUCUCUCCUAGAGCAGGACUCAUUCAAACAGCUGAUCUACAGCAGGAACAGCAAAGUGCAAGGCCUGGACCCUCUGCGGGACUUGCAGACAGCCCUGGCCAGCCGCCUGCACUCUGUAUACGUCACCUCCAGGGUGUGAAGCAGGAACAAGGCAGUGGCAGGAGCACUGGUUCAACUGGUUCAAACUGCACGGGGAUGCGUCGUCAGGCAGAGCAGCAGCUUUUCUGUUUGCCUUCUGGAUGUUGCUGAAAGUCCCCUCCAAGAGAUACCCCCUAGGCAAGCGUGCUGUGCCUCGUCCCGCUGAUGCUGACGGAGGGGGAGCUGGCUUCUCUGUGCUACUACUGACACAGAAACACUGUCACAGCGCAAACAAGAACUGAGGACGCAAGUGAAGACCCUGAACCCAAGAGACUGUCAGCGCUGCCCUUUGAACAACCACAACGCAGGGCUGUAGAGAAGCGAGACAAUUUACCUAGACCCAGCACCUCAUAUGUAGUCUUUAAGUGUCUGCCUACACGCCCUAACAGCCACCUAGUUCAUACGCAUAAUGUUUUACGCGUCAAACGGCUGCGUAGAAGGAGUUCUCUAACCCCGCGGACACCGCCCGCACAGCAAGGCACCUGUCUGAGCAAAGGCUGGCGCGCGCAAACGCUUCGCUCUAGUAAUAACCACCAGUGUCUGUGCCUGUCGGGAGGGUCUGACCUAAGUCCUCCCCCAAACUGCUGGCACCUUGAGAGAGAUUUUGUAGAUGCUCAAAGCUGAGUAGAAACUAAUACUAAAUCUGAAUUUACUCCCUCUUUAAACCUACUAUGAAGAACAGACGUGGGGCAGGGAGGGGAGAAUUGUUUUUUUGGUUUUGUUUUUUUUUAAUACGUUUCACUGUGCUAGUUGUUAAUCUGGAUCCAUUUUGAGGGGAAAAAAAGACCAUCUGCCCUUUCACCACGGAGGUUUGAUAGUCCCCAUGACUUUCACCAUAAAAACCUCUUUCUGAGAGACCUGACACUAAAGACUCAGGUGUAGCAGGAGCUAGCACUGUGCUGAAAAACAGUCCGAUAGCAACAAAUAGCAAUAAAAGUCUCCCUAAGACCCUGAGGAGCGCACAGCUGGAGAGUUUGUUCUUUGCCUGGUGCCAGCUGGGAUUAGCAGCUCGAGUCUCCCUUCCACAGCCCCAGCCAGGCUGCCCUGGGGGGACUGGGCACAGCACCCACCUGACCAGUUCCCCUGGCAGGCUGCAGCCUAACAUUUAGGCGGCGGCACUUAAACAAGAUGCCUCCACUGGGUCGGUCACCAUUCACAUUCUUCCCGUGUUGGCAGCAGACAGAUGGUUCUGGUCCUGAAGGACUCACUGUAGGCUGCCUUCUAGCUGCCCGAGAACUAAAAGGAGACAGUUCACCCUACAGUUUUGGGUCUGAAGCAGUGUUUUGUGUGUGUGGUUCUUCCUUUUAAAUAAUCCCAGCCCUAGGAAGGCAGUUAGUUGUGUAAAAAUGCAUACCCUGCUCUUACCAACAGCUUUAAGGAAAAGACCUUCAGCUCUCUGUUAGCGCUCACCAAGAACAUUUGCUAAGAUGCUUUCAUCCGGUACAGGUGGGUGAAGGAGAGGAGGAAGCCAAGUUCUCAGUGGAGAACUACUGCUUCUUAGAAAUUCAACAAUUAAUAUGGUAACUAAACACACUGGAAGAAGGAGGCUCAGCUGGGCCCGAGCUCCAAAGCACAACAUAGACACGGUUUAGGCAGAUGAAGGGAUCUCCCAGAAAAUCCCUCAAAAUUUGACAUCGCCUCAUUCCUACAGGAGUUAGAUGAGAGGCAAACCGCACGCAAGGAUAAACGUUUCUAGCCUGCACUCAGCAAGCUGACAGACAGUUGGUCAGGGCACCCCCAGCCUUGCUUUAGGCACGCCCCCACUUUGGAAGAUCACCAGCGUCAAUAACCCUAUUUAUUAUGAGAAAGCCAUACAGGGGGUUCAAAAUUGUCACUGACCUGCCUGAAAAAUAUUACAAAAAGCUUUAUCUUGGAAAGUAUUUUCAAGUAGCUGCUCCAGCUAUCUGUACAAAUAUGCAGGUCCUCUUUUGUUGCUGUAAUAUUACAAUGCUUUGUUAAUUGUACAUUAAUGUUGUCAUUUAUGUAAAUGUACCAGGAUUUUAUUAACAACGUAAUUUUAAAAUACACAGCUGCUGUUAUUUAUUCUGCUUUUCUAACAAUGAGAAAAACCGUAUUUAAAGACA